AUGGGACUGGCGGAAGAUGCCCCUCGAUCAGACGUUGAAAGUCAUCAGUCAGCGGAUAGCGAUCGCGAAUCCGACCAUCAUGUUCAAAAUGAAGCCGAGGACAGUACCCAGUCGCAAGACCUGGAAGCCCUCUCUCGCGUCUCCAGCGGACCACCAUACAGCGCCUUCUCGCCUGGCAUGAAGGCCUGGAUUGUGGCAAUGAACUCCGUAUCGGCAUUUAUAUCUCCCAUGACCGCCAACAUCUACUUUCCCGUCAUCCCAACGCUGGCGAAGGAACUUCACGUCACCGACGGACAGGUUCUUCUGACAGUGACGACAUACAUGAUUUUCCAAGCCAUAUCGCCCAUGUUCUUCGGCGAUUUCGGCGACGCUACUGGAAGACGUCCAGCUUUCAUCAUCGCCUUCACCAUCUACCUGGGGGCAAACAUCGGUCUCGCUCUUCAGCGGAGUUACAUCGCUUUGCUUCUGCUUCGUAUGCUGCAGAGUGCAGGUAGUAGUGGGACCUUAUCGCUGGUAUAUGGCGUGGUUGCUGAUAUCGCGCCAAGCUCGGAGAGAGGGAAGUACAUGGGAAUUGUAGGAGCUGGCAUAACGGUCGGUCCUGCCCUCGGCCCUGUCAUUGGCGGACUCCUCUCCCAGUAUCUCGGAUGGCCGUCGAUUUUCUGGUUCUUGGCCAUUGUCACCGUUGUCUGGAUGAUCCCAUAUAUUCUGGCCGUGCCUGAAACAGGACGCAAGGUGGUGGGGAACGGAUCGGUUCGUCCGCCUGUCUUGAACACGACUGUUGUGGACUAUCUUCGAUUCCGCCACCAGCCUCCAGACCCAACUACCAUUCGACGAAAGGCUCAAUGGCCCAACCCGAUCAACACACUGAAGGUCUUGGGCCACAAGGACAUGGCGAUGGUACUUGGCUUCAAUGCUACCGUCUUCAUAGGCUUCCAGAUUGUAACAGCUACUCUUUCCUCUCAAUUCAAGGAAAUAUAUGGCUACAACGAUGUGCAGUUGGGACUCUGCUAUCUACCAAUAGGUGGAGCGACCAUGAUUGCUAGUGUCGGUAAUGGAUUUCUCGCAGACUGGAACUUUCGACGGAUCGCGAAACAGAUGGGCGUUAAUGUCGACAGAAAGCGUGGAAACGAUCUUAAGGAUUUCCCCAUCGAGAAAGUUCGCAUUCAACUGAUCGUCCCUCUAAUCGCUGUCGGAAGCGUCUUUUACAUCAGCUAUGGAUGGAUACUCCACUUGAGGCUCUCUGUCGCCGUGCCAUUGGUCUGGACCUUCUUCAUUGGUUUAUGUGUGACAGGUUCAUUCCAGAUCAACAACCUCUUAAUCGUCGACCUCUAUGCCGAGGCACCCGCGACAGCGACGGCCGCGAACAACCUGUGUCGGUGCCUUACUGGAGCCUUGUUCACGGCUGUUAUCUCUCGUAUCAUCAGCAGCAUUGGAGUGGGGUGGGCGUUUACAUUGAUUGGUCUAAUCUUUACAUGCGCCUCGCCCUCGCUCUGGAUCAUCGUUAAGUAUGGACCGAAAUGGAGAGGACAACGUCUGCAGAAGGCGAGAGAACUAGCCGAGGAGCAGAAGGCAAAGGCCAAGGAGAAGACAUCUGUGGCCUCCGAAGGCAAUGGUGACGGCGUCGUUGCUUCGCCGCCUAUUAAAGCAGGCUGA